AUGAACUCGCAUAUUAUAACCCCCGGACCGUAUCGAGCCACAAAGCUGUGGAAUGAGGUGACUCGUCUCUUUCGUGCUGGAAUGCCACUAAAGAAACACAGGCUGAAUUUCAGACACCAUAGCUCAUGCUUCACUGCCACUGCGGCUGUGGACUGGCUGCACCAACUCCUGCGGAACAAUAGUAAUUUUGGUCCCGAUGUGACGCGACAACAGACUGUGCAGCUUCUAAAGAAGUUUCUGAAGAACCAUGUCAUUGAAGAUGUGAAAGGUCGCUGGGGCACAGAGGAUCUGGAGGACAAUAAUGGACUCUUCAGAUUCCCUUCUACUUCGACCCUGAAGCCAAUUCCAAGUCCUUCACAAGUCCCAGGAUCAGCCCCUGGCUCUAUCAAGAAAAAACACUCAUUCAGGGACAAAGAUGGUUUCUUCAAGUUUAGAACAAUCAAAAAACAUGACAAAGAUGCACAGGAAAACACAGACCCUGCUCUCCGCCCAGAAGAGGAUGGGUCUGAGCAGACGUCUCAGAGGCGAGAGCUGACUGUGGAUGAUGAACAUGCGAUCUGGAAAGAUAUCACUUUGACCCAUUUACAGAGGAUUCUGGGUGUUGCGUCUCUGGAUGAAGUUUUGAGUUACCACUCGGUGAAUCCACAAAACAUCAUCCAUAACAUGACCAAAGUCAACAAGAAUGGCGUGGUUACACUUGACGACAAAACCAAUGAUCUUCCAGAUUGGGUUUUGUCUGCUAUGAAAAGUUUGGCCAAUUGGCCGAAGUAUAACAGUGCACAGCCGUCGUAUCCAGGCUUCGAGAGGGAUGUUUUAAAAACUGUGUCCGACUAUUUCUAUAGUCUUCCACAGCCACUGCUCACAUUUGAGUUGUACGAGUUGUUUAUCAACGUUUUGGUGUUUUGCGGUUAUGUUGCGGGACCAUCACCUCGGCAACUUGGAAAGCGUAAGAAGUUGGACCUCCCCUCAGUGCCGCCACCGGCCAAGACAUCGUUUCUCUCCACCGAGUGUCUCCUCCUGUCGCUGAUCAGACAAGGAGGAUGUGAUGAGACAGAGUCUCCAAUGAGAGAGGUGCUGGGCGUGACUCUGCAGAACAGACACUGUGCCUUUAACAAUGAUGGAGCUCAGAGGAUGCGUUCCUUGAGGCCUCGCAGUAUGGGAAGUUGUUUGGAUAUUGUUGUUGAAACCGGAGAAGAGGAGACUAAAGAGAGCAUGUUUUCAACCCGAGCUGCCAGCUGCCUGGAUGUGAACACUCCAGCACCCUCCUGCUUGCCCCCCUAUCCUGCUUACACCUCUACUGCUCUCCCCAAAGCACAUGGCUCCUGUGCAUCAGGGCCUCGACCUGCUGCCAGUACCUCCAAUCUGCAAACCCCUCAAGCUCCUUCUGUCACGCGCCGCUGCAUAAGUUCACUGGAUGUGUCCAAGCCUCCACGGCCUCUGUCACUGUUCAAACCACCUCUCCCUCCGCCCAAACCUGUAAACAGGCUUCUGCAGCCUCACUGUGAACAUGUCACUAUCCAAGCCCUGCAGCUGUGCACGCUCCUGCUGCCGCCUGCGUCCCGACGAAAACUACAGCUACUGAUGAGAAUGAUAUCCCGCAUCAGCCAAAAUGUGGACAUGCCUCGCCUUCACCCGGCCAUUGGCACUCGCACCCUGAUGGUCCACACAUUCUCGAGCUGUGUUCUUGGCAGUGCAGAGGAAGGCGACUUGGACGAGCUCUUGGCAACGAGACUGGUGUCUUUUCUUAUAGACCACCAGCAAAACAUCCUUUCAGUCCCAGAGUACUUACUGACAGCUAUCGGGGACCAUAUUCUGUAUCUUCGCACUGUACAGGUCCCAGUGGACUCUGGAGAAGCUGGAGGUGACGAGGUCUGUGUCCCUCUCCCCAUCUAUGCUUUCUGUCGUCAGAUUAGUGGUGCAGAAUUUGAACAGCAGAAGACGGAGACCUUACAGCAGGCCAUGGAGGAGUUACUGGACACUCUGUUGACCGACCAAAACAUCAGUGAGAAAGACCGGCGGAAAAAGCUGAAACAGUUUCAGAAGCAAUACCCCGAUAUCUACAGCCGCAGAGUUCCUCCCACGGCCCUGAAGAACAAACCAAAGAUCAAGCCUGCGCUGCUCAACAUCAAGAAGACCAAAGUUUUUAGCAUCAGGAACUAA